CACACCUGAACUACAUAGUACGAGCAUCGAGGCAAACAAUAUCACAAUUCCUCAACCGAAUUCCCAAGACUCGUCAUUCACACCGCAUACAUUAAUCACAAGAAUCAUUCCUGCCUUCAAUACCCCAUAUCGGUUCACGAAAUUCACCAUGGUUCUAAUGCGAAUGUCCAUCUUGGCCAUGGCCACUGCUAGCCUCUUUGACCUAGCCGGCGCUGCUGCUAUCGUACCGGUAACCGAUCAUGGAAUUCAACUCUCGGGAUCAUCCACCCAGCAAGCACGAAAGGAUACCAUCGCUGAAAUGAUUGUCAACUCUAUUGGCGAGGAUCUCAUCCAACGCCAAAACGCCGUCCACCGCUGCUACCCGCCCUCUCCCGCCGUUGUUAGUCAUAAUUUCUAGGCGAACAUAAAUGCAAACGAUAUAGAUUAUUUACUGACACGUAUGCUAGGAUCCUACCCCCUCGGUUGAGGAUUGCCAGGGCUCGAUUGCCAAGCUUCAGGCUGUCCAAGGCGAUAUUGUGGUCAAGCUAGUCGAAGGUUGUUAUGAGGCGUGGAACGGAAAUUGCACCGCAUCUGUCUGCCCUCAGAAGGAUGGGACCUCUACCAUCUCGCCUUCCGUCGCUGCUCAAUUCAUGAUCGAUUCUGUCAUGACAGAGUGCAUUUCCAACGGCCUCCGAGGAUGGUACCUUGACCGCAACUAUGGAAUUGGUGU